UGUUGCUAGCACUGGAUUCAGCGAGCAAGUUUUAGCCCUUUUUUUCGUUAGCCUAUAUUUAUUUAAACUUUGGCGAAUUGGAACCAUUAAAAGUAGCCAAAUGAGCCAUUAGCAUCUCUUGUUUGGAGUAUGUUCAUAAAUGCACAGACAAGUGUCACUGCAUUACUGUGACUCUGAAGAAAACUUAAAAACGCGUUGAUUUUCAGGCAAGUUCUGGAGCGUCUUUUUUCCCUGAUUUCUAAGCGGAAUUGUGAACGUUUACUCGGGAUGGACAUCGGAGUCAAUGAUAUCUCCGUAAAGUUCACUGAUGAACCGGUUCUGUUUGAGGAAACUGAAGCAGCAGGAGAAAACCCACUGAGAGACCCUGAAUCUGAUCUGGACUGUCCUGAUGUGAGGAUGUCUGCUCUCACUCUGCUCCUCGGCCUCGUCGCCGGGCUUGUCACCACGGUGACGGCCCAGCGUGGGCUCACCUGCCGACAGGAGAUCCCGGCUGAGCUGAUCCGAGAACUGUGGAGCCGGACCACCCUGCUGAUCAAUAAACUGCCGAGAGAAGAAAACUUCUCCAGGCGACUGAGACUGCUGCCCAAGUUCUGCACCAAAUGUCCUGAGCGUGCGAUUGGCUGGCUGGAGAUGCGGGAGUUGAUUGACGUCUACCAGAGGAGUGUGUUCAGCACAGCGGUUGUCCAGAAGCUCCUCCCCCUUCACUACAACGACCUGCUGUACCGACUGCAACACACACUGCAGCACUGUGUUUCUUCCUCCAAACAUUCAAAAUGGUUGAAAAUCAUCAAGAAAAUGGAGAGGAAGAUUAAAAAGAAGAGAAGAGAUGAAGUAGCACUGAAGGCUGUCGGAGAGUUCACCUUCAUCCUCAGAUGGAUUGAUGAACUGACACAGCACCACAUCCUGUAGAGCAUCAUCCUCAUCCUCAGUAUCAGUAUUGUCAGCACCACCUCCACCAGCAUCUUCUUCAUCAUCAUUAGGGCUAAUUAUUAUCAGCUUUUAUCUUAAAAAACAGUGUUGGUUUUGGAAUUUAAAAAAUUGGAUUUUUGCAGCACAAGCAUGCGCUUAAUUUAUUAUUAUAGUAAUUACUCUGGCAGGAAGCUCAGCUGUUUCUCUCAGUGUUUUUCUGUUGUUUCCUUCUUGUGUUUAUUUAGUUUUGUAUUAGCAGGACACAAGAACUUUUGAAUGACCUAAAAGGCUCUAAAAUCCACUUUAAAAUGUGGUAUUUGUGUGAUAUGAAUGUGAUAUUUUUAUUAUGUUUUGUUUUUAAUGUUUUACAUUUGCAGCUAUAUUUACAAAAUAAGUUAUUUGUCAGAUAUUUAUUACAUUUGAGUAUUUACUAAAGAUUCCAGAGUGUUAAAAGUACUUAAAACUUUAAUAUAUUGACCUUAAGACAGUAUGAAGGAAGAUAUUUUUGUAUGAAUUAUUGUAGCAAUAUUUAUAUGAAGUUGUCAGAUUCUGAAUAAAUUAAACUAGAUUUUUAUCUUCA